UUCCUUAGUCAAACGAGUAACAGCGAGGCUGGGUUUGUUAUGAAGUGACAUCACCCUCCUCCUUUCCUUUCAGCCCUAUAGCCUUUCUCCUCCUCGCAUGCAAUAGUGAACGAUCGCGGCGCAGUUCAACUUCUUGGCGUUAAAUCGUAGGGGGCUGGGCAAAAACAUUUCACAAUGAACAACGGCUUCCUGAACAUGGCGUCUAUAGGAGAUUUCGACUCUCUUCACACCAAUAUCCCCGCCACCAGAGUUGAAAUCACAGUAUCAUGCAGGAAGCUGUUGGACAUGGAUACUUUCUCCAAAUCGGACCCACUCUGUGUGCUGUACACGCAAGGAGUCGGCAGCCAGGAGUGGAGAGAGUUUGGAAGAACCGAAGUCAUUGACAACACCCUGAACCCAGACUUUGUGCGGAAAUUUAUGUUGGACUAUUUCUUUGAGGAGAGACAGAACCUGCGAUUUGACCUGUACGAUGUCGACUGCAAGAGCGCCAACCUGUCAAAGCAUGACUUCCUGGGACAGGCCUUCUGCACCCUGGGGGAGGUGGUCGGGUCGCUGGGAAGCCGGCUGGAGAAGCCCCUGGGGGGGAUUCCGGGGAAGAGGUGCGGGACGAUCAUCGUGAAGGCGGAGGAGAUCAACAACUGCAGGGAGCUGGUGCUGAUGCAGUUCUGCGGGAACAAACUGGACAAGAAGGACUUCUUCGGAAAAUCCGACCCUUUCCUCGUCUUCUACCGCAGCAACGAGGACGGGACGUUCACCAUUUGCCACAAGACAGAAGUGGUGAAGAACACACUGAAUCCCGUGUGGCAGGCCUUCAAGAUCCCAGUCAGAGCCCUCUGCAACGGAGACUACGACAGAACGAUCAAGGUGGAGGUUUACGACUGGGAAAGAGGCGGCAGGUCGAGCGACAGCCAAAUCGCAAGCCACGACUUCAUCGGAGAGUUCACCACCAGCUACAGGGAGCUGUCCCGGGGGCAGUCGCAGUUCAACGUGUACGAGGUGAUAAAUCCGAAGAAGAAAGCGAAGAAGAAAAAAUACCUAAAUUCUGGAACGGUGACGCUGCUGUCCUUCCUUGUUGAGACCGAGGUCACGUUCCUGGAUUAUCUGAAAGGGGGGACGCAGAUCAACUUCACCGUGGCGAUCGACUUCACCGCCUCCAACGGUCACCCGGCCCAGCCCACGUCGCUGCACUACAUGAGCCCCUACCAGCUGAACGCCUACGGCAUGGCGCUCAAGGCCGUGGGCGAGAUCAUCCAGGACUACGACACCGACAAGAUGUUCCCGGCGCUGGGCUUCGGCGCCAAGCUUCCCCCGGACGGCCGCGUCUCCCACGAGUUCGCGCUGAACGGGAACCCGCAGAACCCCUACUGCGCCGGGAUCGAUGGCGUGAUGGAGGCCUACUACCAGAGCCUGAAGAGCGUCCAGCUGUAUGGCCCCACAAACUUCUCGCCCGUCAUCAACCACGUGGCCAGGUACGCCGCCUCGGUGGAAGACGGCACGCAGUACUUCAUCCUCCUCAUCAUCACCGACGGGGUCAUCUCGGACAUGGCGCAGACCAAGGAGGCCAUCGUCAACGCGGCUUGCCUUCCCAUGUCAAUCAUCAUUGUGGGCGUCGGCCCGGCGGAGUUUGACGCCAUGGUCGAGUUGGACGGAGACGAGGUCCGGAUUACAUCGAGAGGCCGACGUGCGGAGAGGGACAUCGUCCAGUUCGUCCCGUUCAGAGACUACGUGGACCGGACGGGGAACAGCGUCCUGAGCAUGGCCCGGCUGGCCAAGGACGUCCUGGCCGAGAUCCCCGACCAGUUCCUGUCCUACAUGAGAACCCGGGGGUUCAAGCCUCAGCCUGCGCCCCCCCCAUACACGCCACCGGGGGAGCUGCAUACACAGAUCUGACACACACACACACACACACACACACACACACACACACACACGAAUACACACAUACAUUAGGGUGACCAGAUGAGGGGAAAAAAUCGGGACAACGUCCACUCUGUGACUUAACAUAGGCUGUUGUACAAACUGU